AUGAAUAAAAUCAAUGAUACCUAUCAAUGCGCUCAAUGUAAGAGGGAUUUUUCGGCUCAAGAUGUUUAUCGAAUUGGAAUAAAAAAUAAGCAAUUUUUUUGCCGCGAAAUACACGGAUAUGAAAUUAAAUCAGAGGAGGGAAAACUAACCGAAACCAUUGACUAUUACGACUAUAGGGGAGAGAAACAUCAUAAGUAUUACUUAAUUUGUCCGGAGGAACUUCAUGGAGUAUACCAUCGCGACCCAAAAACCGGAAAAGAAAUAUUUAAUCUAGACUGCUACAAAUUGGUUCCACCCGGACAAAGAUAUUGCGGCGACGAUAGUUGCGUUUACUAUACUGCGGUUUAUAAUGGCACCAAUUCUGAGGAAAAGAAAAAAAUAAGACAAAAUUUAGCCGAAAAACGAGCCAAAUUAAAAAAGGAAGAGGAACAUUUAGAAAGUUUGGGAUUACAACGACAAAGAUGCUGGCUUGAAAGAUUAGACCAAAAUAGCAUUUUUGUGCGAAAGAAUGAUAAUAAUAAUUCCCAUGUGCUCCAAGCAAAAGUGGAAAUAAAAAAAGAAAUAGACAAAAAAGAAUCUUUGUUGGAACAAGCCAAAAUAGAUGGUGAUAACGAGGCAGCGGCCAAAUUAGAGCAGCAACUUCAAGAGUUAAACGAACAACAAAAAAAUAACUCUACUACUGAAAAUUCAGAAAAUCCCAAUGAGAAUAAGAUAAUCGCUUAUUCAAUUAUCGGACUUUCACUGAUGACUUUUAUUGGACUGAUUAUUGAUCUAUCAAUACGUAAUUAUCUAUACUCGCUCCUUCCGGAUAUCGUUCGAUUAGAAACUUAUUACACUAAAAACAGCAUUCUUAUUCGCCCUCACCUAACGGAAGCCGAAAUUAUCCUAUUACUAGACAAAAAUAAUUCUAGACUGGAAACAGUGCUAAAAGGUAUUUAUAAAAUAGUUAAUGAUGAAAAAAUUUCUGUCAAAGUAGAUCUGAAAAAAGUAAAAAAAAUUUACGCACACGCCCAGUCAAUCGCUAAUUUAAUUUCUGGUCAACUAAAAAAAUGGAUUCCGGUGAAACAAAUUUUAAAAAAUGUGUUAGCCAAAGUAGAGUAUGAACCAGAAAUUAAGGGUGGGGGUGUCGAAAUGAAAGGUAUUUUAAACAAUACUG